AUGAAUACUCCACCUCCAAGGAGUCGUCGUGUCGACUCCUCUUCAUCCCCAACCCCCUCGCCGUACCAAGACAACACACCAGCAACUACAGUUCCACCCCGAUCUACACCUCUGGAGAAGUACCCACCUAUCCCCGAUACCCUCCCGGUCCGCGCUCUCGCGCCAAACGAAGUACUUCCAUUCGCAGCACCACCGCUCGACCUCCCAAUUCGACUCAAUCCUCUUCUUCCGGCACUAGCAAGCUUAGAUGCCAAAUACAAUCGGACACGCCACCCAAUUCUAGAUAUCGACAAUAUGUGGGGAAAGGGACUUACGGAAGCUCGAGAAGGAGAGGACGUGCUGAAAUUAGAAGAAGCUUCAAGGGUUCUGAGGAAGCAUACAAAAGAUCGGAUGCCUUAUGUCAAGUUGGUGAGUACACGACUACAGGCUAUUAUGGGGUUAAAGAAUGAGUUGCCGUUUGAUCUGCCAAACAUUAACGCGCCACAACUCAGUCCUCACUACCAGAAUGUCCUCGACUUUGACCUUGACCCAAGUCAGGCUAGCCAACCUCGCAAUCCUAUUGACGGACCCAUCCCUGACUUUAUGGAGAUCGAUAAGGAGACUGGAGAGGGACUGAGAAGCUGGCUCUUGAAAGUUGGAACGGGGAAUGGAUCAUUGAAGAAGAAGGAAUGCAAGAGCAUUUCCUUUCAUGACAUUACCCAGGAAAUGAUGAGUGGACAAUUCAGCAAUGUUUUGGUCGCACAUUACAACAACGAGAAAGUCGAUCAGAAAAUUGAAGCUUAUGAGCUUGAUUUGCCGACUCAAUCAAUUGAAACCGCCACCGGUCGCGAAGUUGUCACCACCCAAACUUGGGUCUGGUUCUUCAUCUCCCGACCACUGUUGUCAAUCGACUCAAAUAACAGCUACCUUGUUUCUCCGAGCCGUGAUCCAGGCAACUGGAUGAGAUCGGAGGCAACUGACGACAGCUUCUACACUCCUUUCGCUAGUCGUCGUCCUCCUUCUCCUCCCGAUCAAACCCGAAACGUUGAACCGCCACCGAACUUCCCCGACCCAGUACCGAGCUCAUGGGUGGUGUUUGCCUGUCCUCUUUCAAACGUCAAGACGUAUCCAGAAUCAGAGGAGAAGGCACCCAAUGAGCCAGCCAACUCCACAAUCGAAGAGGAUGGAGAAGACAUCGAACCUUCCCACCCACCAGCCAAGAGAAGCAAUCCUUUCAAUACAAGACGAAAGAAGGUAUACAAGCGUCAAGACUAUGAUUUCGCCCAGCAAGGUGUGCCGAUCUUCGAAUUCAGCAUGGCGACUGCAGAAAUGCUCCCAAUCAAUGAAUGCAUGUGCACCUGA